AUGCGGACAGGCAGCUCCAACGCCGCCGAGCGAGCCUACCAUGCCGCCGGAGGAGGAGGCAACCGGACCCCCGUCUCCGCGAGGACGCCCCGGAGGGACCCCGGCAGUUCCAAUGCUGUCGUCCACGCCAGCGGCGGCCAUGCGCGCGAGAGGGCUCUGCAGGACCCUGGUUUGAAGGAUUAUAGGCUAGGCGACUGCAUCGGCAAGGGCGCUUUCGGAUCCGUCUACAAGGCAUUCAACUGGGGCACCGGCGAGGCUGUCGCCGUCAAGCAGAUCAAGAUCGCAGACGUCCCAAAGAGCGAGCUGCGCAUGAUAGAGGCCGAGAUCGACCUUCUCAAGAACCUCCACCAUGACAACAUUGUCAAAUACGUCGGCUUUGUCAAGUCCCAGGACUGUCUCAAUAUCAUCCUCGAAUACUGCGAGAACGGGUCCUUGCAUUCGAUAUGCAAGGCGUACGGAAAGUUCCCCGAGAACCUCGUCGGCGUCUACAUGACACAGGUUUUGCAAGGCCUCCAGUACCUCCAUGACCAGGGUGUUAUCCACAGGGACAUCAAGGGUGCCAACAUCUUGACAACCAAGGACGGCACCGUCAAGCUGGCCGACUUUGGCGUCUCGACCAGCACGCUAGCUGGUCCCGACAAGGAGGCUCAGGUGGUUGGCACGCCGUACUGGAUGGCCCCCGAGAUCAUCCAGCUCUCUGGGGCGACUUCUGCCUCGGACAUCUGGAGCGUCGGCUGUACCGUCAUUGAGCUGUUGCAAGGGAGGCCGCCCUAUCACAACCUGGCUGCCAUGCCGGCCUUGUUCGCGAUCGUCAACGACGACCACCCUCCUCUGCCGGAGGGUGUCUCGGCGGCUGCUCGGGACUUCAUGAUGCAAUGCUUUCAGAAGGACCCAAACCUCCGCGUGUCGGCGAGGAAGCUUUUAAAACAUCCCUGGAUUGUUGGCUGCCGCAGGAGCGACGCACCCGUAUCCAAGAGACCUGCAAACUUCAGCCAGGCGGUCGAAGAAGUCAAACAGUGGAACAAGGCCCUCAAGUCUUCAGAAACCGCGCUGAGGGCCUCCACAGGCUCCGACAGCAGCGCCCAGACUGCCCACGCACAGCCCAUGUCCAGGUUCACUGCUGUUGCGGCAGACCCACACCGCGCGAACCUCGCAACUUCCGGGAAGAGGCCGCUGGGCAUCACAAAAUCCAAGCCCAACCCGGACGCGUUCCGCUCACCUGAGGUUGCCGAUGAUGACAACUGGGAUGACGACUUUGCGACUGCCAUCUCCCCGAGCGCCCUCCAUCUUCCCCACCUCAAGCCUCAGGACAACUUCGGGGGCAUGCUCUCCGCCGAUAGGCUCAAGCAAUAUGCGUCCAUUGACGAGGCCAGCGCCAGCAACAACUGGGACGACCAGUUCGAGGGCGACCUGCAAUCCGCCAAAGGCUCCUCUCGCCAGUUCCUCGACCAGGACCCCCAAGAACAGACUAUCCGUCCCACCCCCAGAAGGUCGAGCAAGUCUGCCGAGGCGUCAAGAACCCCACAACAGCACGGAGGAGGGCAUGGACACCGGAGGACCAGGAGCAAGCAGGUGUCGUCCUCGAACGUGCCGCUGAUUCAGAAGCAGCCCGCCAAGCCGGCGCUCGGCAGCAAGUUCGAGCUCCCGCUGCGGCCGGAGGCCAUCUACCGGGAGCAGUCCAUCGAGGACUUCUCGGAUUUCUUCCCUGAAGCGGACAAUCUGUUCAACAAGAAAACGAAUCGUCCCAGAAAGGAGGACUCCCAGUUGAUGCCGCCACCUGAACUCAAAACUCAACACUCUCAGCCCAACAUCCAUAUUGUGCCCCCGUCCGUUGGCAGUGACAGUCCGCGCCACCAGCGCACCCCCUCGCGGCCUCCAGCUCCAGAUGAGCAGGCACCUGUGAGGAGGACACGUUCACAAAUUGAGAUCCAGAAAUUUGCCGAGGGCGAGGACGACGAGGACUUCUCCGACAUUCUUGGUCCUAAUAGUGCCCUGGUAGAGAAGGAAGACAGCGACCGAGGCUCUGAGGAUGGUACGGGUGGCAUGAUGCUGCUCUCUAAGCUGUCCAACAGCUCUUGGCUCGGUGACGACGAGGACGAGGACGACCCGUUCGCCAUGAUGGAUCCCGAGUACAACGAGAUGGACCUCGAGGCCAACAUUGCCCGGGACCGGCACGCCCGCCUAGCUGAGCGGGUGGAGGAGCUUGUGCAGCUGCUCAAGGUCGGGACCGAGAUCACAGGCGAGGAGCGGGUCUCCGAUGUUGCCGAGGAGCUGGUCUACCUGCUGCAUGAACAUGAGGAUGUCAAGGGCUUGAUCAUCGGCGCACAUGGCCUGUUGCCCAUCUUGGAGCUGCUCACUCUGCCGCCGGACACCAUUAGCACAGCCAAGGGCCGCCAGGACAUGAUCUUGUGGCUACUUAAGGUCGUAAAUAAGAUCAUCUUCCGUGACCGGGAGCUGCAGGAGAAUCUGUGCUUCGUCGGCGGCAUUCCAAUCAUCACAAAGUUUGCUGCUCGGCAAUUCUCCAAUGAGAUCCGCCUCGAAACUGCUGAUUUCGUCCAGCAGAUGUACGAGACAUCAACCCUCACGCUGCAGAUGUUUGUCAGCUGUGGCGGCAUCUCGGUCCUUGCUGGUUUCCUGGACGAGGACUACGACAUGUCCCGGGAUCUGGUCCUCAUCGGCGUUAAUGGCAUCUGGAGAGUGUUUGAGCUCCAGGGACCUACGCCCAGGAACGACUUCUGCAGGCUCUUUUCAAAGGCAAAAGUGCUUGAUCCACUGGCAGAGAUUCUUCACAGGGUGUUGGACGCGGACGAAAAGGACGAGCUGUCCGAAUUUGUCGAAGGGCGGGUCGUUAACCUCUUCUACAUGUUCUCCCAGGCGGACUACGAGGUCAAGGAGCUGAUUGCUGACCGUGCGGUUCUCAAGACCGUAUUGAAGGACCUCGAGACUAUGACACCUACGCACCAGAUCACCAUGCUAAAGUUCAUCAAGAACCUCUCUAGCCUGCCAACUACCGUUGAGGUGCUUCACUCUGCAGACGCAAUCGACUAUCUGAUUGACCUCCUAGGACACAGCUUGAAGAAGAACACACGGCAUUUCAGGGAGAUCUCCAACCAGGUCCUGAACACCAUGUUCAACCUGUGUCGUCUCAGCAAGGAGCGACAAGAGUACGCAGCGGUCCACGGUAUCAUCCCGUUGCUGUUGAAGAUUAUGAAAAUCGACCGCCCGCCCAAGGAGUUUGCCUUGCCAAUACUUUGCGACAUGGCUCACUCAGGAAGCAAAGGGCGUCGAUAUCUAUGGCAGAACAAGGGCCUAGACUUCUACGUGUCUCUGCUCGCGGACCAGUAUUGGCAGACCACGGCGCUUGAUGCCAUCCUUGUCUGGCUGCAAGAGGAAACGGCCAAGGUGGAAAGCCAUUUGCUGGGCGGUAACUUCCCCUCCGCCAUCGUGGCCUGCUUCGAUAGUUCAAAGGCGAACGCCUUCGCUGCUUUCGAUGCUACUCUUCUUGAGCCCUUGCUCAAGGUCUUCCGCCUGAGCCCUACCCUGGCGGCGUCAUUGGGCAAAUCGGAGAUGUACAGGGGCAUUGCUACAAAGCUGGGCCACAAGAAGCCGGUGGUGCGGCUCAACCUACUCCGUCUCGUCCGCACCAUCAUGGACAGUUGCGAACCAGAUCUGGGUGUCAACUCUGUGGGCGGCGGUGCAGAGUUGCAGACGCUCUUCGAGAACAUACAGAUGCUUGAGAAGGACCCAGCCCUGCUGGUGCGCAACCUCGCGCACGAGAUCUCCAAGAGCCACAUCGAGGGAGAUUAUUUCGAAACCAAGAGCCUCGGUACCGGCUCACAGAACGGCGGCAGUGGGCGUUCAAGAACGGCCGCUCUGAUCAAGGAGAACCGCAGUCCAGCCGAAAAGGGCCAUCCCCCGCGCAAAAUAGCCAACGAAUAUACGAAGGAGAGCACGAGGAGCCCGGUGUAG